AUGCUCAGCUGCGAGAAGAUCCGGCUCUUGACCACCAGUCGUGAAUAUGCCGACAUCGAGCGGGUCAUGGCUCCUGUUUCCCUUUCUGUACCCGCCUCACGCGAGGAGGUGGAGAAGGAUAUUCUAGUCUUUAAGAAGGCCAAGAAGAUCAGUGUUGAAGAGGAGCACGAGAUCAGGAUGGAGCUUGAUGGCACGACGCAAGUCGACGAUACCAUGGCAGUUGAGGAGACCACGCAAGUCGAGCUGGAAAGAGCAACUCGAAUCAUGUCGAGGAAGGUGCCCCAAUGAUGCUGAUGAUGGUGGAUGAAGGAGAGAACGAGAGACGGAAAAAACUUCACGUCCAUGGGGGAGAAGGACGGGGUGUACCGAAGCCAGGAAAGAGCAACCCGUUAUUAUGUCGAGGAAGGUGGGGGAGAAUGACGGGGUGUACCGAAGCAAGGAAAGGGCAACCUG